AUGUAAAAGAAAAAAUCUCAUAAUAAACUUCCAUCUGAGAUCAUCCAUUCUAAUAAUUACUUUAUUAUGCCUAAAUCAAUUAGGUAUUCAACUAUUUUCUCCAUAUUAUAGAACUACAUAGACUUCAUCACAAAAUAUUUAAAUUUAAAAGUUUCCUUCUUCUAAUAAUAUUCAUGAUCCUGAUUAAAUUGAUCCUUUAGAAAACACAAUCAAACAUUAAUAAUAACUCAAAUUAUAUAAAUCUAAUUUAGAAUUGUAAUCUGCACUUCACUAUUCUGAUAUUAAUUAAACUUAAUUAUAAAGAAUGAAUUAACAAUUAUUAUAGAAUAACAUUGAUCUUUAAGGAAUGUAUAAUAAAUCUGAAUAAGAAAACAAAUAAUUAUAAAAUGAAUUAAUAAUCAUUUAAAAUCGAAUUUAAUUAAAAGAAACCGAAUUCAAGAAAACUGUUGAAACUAAUGCUUAAAACAUGAAGGAAAUAGCUUAAUUGAAAAUUUAAAUGUAAAAGGUAUAAUCAAUUUUUAUUUUAGUUAAAUUAAACUUUAACCAAAUUAUCCGAAGAAAAUAAUUAAAUGAAAGAGAAAUUAGAAAUAAGUUAAAAUUUCAGUAAUUUUUUAUCCUACAAAUUAGGUCUAUCCAGUAGAAGAGAAAUUAAUUAAUAACCUGAUUGUAAUUUUAGUGGUUCAAUGAUAUAUUAAAAUUCUAGAAUAAAAACUAAUAGCUUUUCAACUACUUAAAAUCAUGAAUAAGAUUUAUAAACAUAAAUAAUAUGUUAUUAAAAUCAAAUGGCUGAAAAGAACUAAUUAAUUUUAGGUUUAUAGACAUAAAUUAAAAAUUUAACAGAUGUUUAAAGAUAAUUAAUGUCUCCAAAAAAGAAACAUGUAAAAAGUUCAUAAAAUUUAAAUUUACAUUUAAACUUACAUGCUAUUUCAAAAACACCAAUUGAAAAAUCUAAAAUUUAAAAUGAAACCAACAACAUUGUUGUUAGUAAUCUGAAAUUAAUUGAUAUAAAUAAUGAAUAGAAAAAUCAAGAUUCAACUAUUUAAAAAACUAGGCAAUCAGAUGAUAUUGAUGUAAAGUUUAUAAAGAAGAUAGGUUGGACCAAGCAUAAAAUCGUAAAUUACGAAUUUGAAAUCUAAAUAAGAAUUGUCAUAGAUUUAUAAAAAAAUAAGUUAAUCUACUAUAUAUACAGCUGGAUUAUAUUCUAGUUUAUUAGACUAUCAAUAUUUAUCAAAUGUAUUAUAAAUUAUUAUAACUUUUUAGAACAAAUUAUUUAGUACAUCAAGCUCAAAGGAUUUUAUUUAACAUUGA